AUGAUGGCCUGCUGUCGAUACUCUUCACCUUCCCCAUCCCGGACUGCUUCAACAAUCUUCGAUGAUUUCGAUGAUGUGAGCAAGGCCACAAACAUUACCGGAAGAGACGCUGAUGCGACCCUUGAGGCUGCAGCAAGCAAGGAAGUGAGCCCUGUAUGCAAGCCUGUUUAUCCCAGUGUUGAGACAUCUGACGAGAACUGGGAGGACAGAGCAGGCUCUCCCGGGAGCUCGGGGAAGAAGCUAUGUGACUCCGGGCUGGCGAGCCUGUGCCCUUCUUCGGAACAGGAGUCGCUUAUGUUCAGCAUGGGGGAGAGAUCAUCUGAUUCUGAGGCGGAAGAACACAACCCCAGGUAUCACCCGAGCCCGACAAAACACCAGGGUGCUUCUGACGCGACAAUCACUCCUGAGGCGAUGAUGCCUCCUGAGUCAACGGCCCAUUCAUGCCGAACAGCCCCACCUAAAGCGGCGGCGGCCCCUCUUAGAAUGACGCCCCCUCCCAAGGCGACGAUCCGCGCUGAGGCUGAGGCGACGAUCCCGUUGAACAUUCCCUCUACGCAGUAUAUACCAUAUACUGCGCUAGUCGAGGAAAUUCACCCUCCACGCAUCGUGACCGUCGGUUCCGUCAUCCGGCUGAUCACGAUUCGCGUAGAUGUGGAAUGGAAGUACUUCAGUCGUUUCUAUAACCAAUGUCUAACCUUGCUCGUCGAGCUGAAGGACGCGGACGACCAGUCAGACCGAAGCUCGGCGCUGAGAUAUCCUUCCGGCAAUGAUUUCGGUCAGGGCAAGGCGCUUCUUAAAAGCAAGCAGCCAAGCACAUUUUCGGACGACUGGGGCAGGAGUAUCUUGCGAUUCUACUUCUACAUUGAUUCAUUGCGAGUGGGCGAGCAAGGCAGCUACCGCUUUCACUACACUGCUAUGAUUCCUAGUGUUUUGGGUGAAGCACCGACCAUGCAAGGGACGUGCUUUGUAACGGAUGAUUGUCCGGAGUUCACGUUCGAUGAGAUGGUAUCCAUUGAAGCGCAUGCAGGCACCCUGCGUCGUUUCUGGAACGGGAGUUGCCAACAGAUCGAAGUUAUUACCAAAAGCACAAAACCCGGCAUGUCGUACCGCUCGGAUCGAAGGCUCCCCCCUCCAAACAUCAACAUCGCGCUCUCGCCGGGGGCUGAGUUGUUGGCUACGGGCGUGUGUAGACCCGCGACCCUGAGAUUGGUCAAGCUCAGCUUCAAGAUUCUGUGUCCAGGAUCUGUUGUUGUCCUCAAGGACACUGUCGACACCCGGCUGAAGACGGGUUGCGAGAAAAUGCGUGGCUCCUUCUUGACUCUUAUGGAGCGUCCGGGGAACCCUCCCUCCUCGCGUGCCCUCGUCCUAGAGGCCCCUGCCGCCGACACCACAACAUCGUCUGGAUGA